AUGGCGGACCCUAAUCAAGAGAGGUCAGGAUCACCGACGGUUGACGGGAACACUUUGGUGGCCAUGUGCUUGGCGCGUGCCGGCGUGGACAGGAUGUUUGGGGUUGUGGGCAUCCCGGUUACAUCACUCGCUAAUCGCGCCGUGGCUUUAGGGGUCCGGUUUAUUGCAUUUCACAAUGAGCAGUCGGCGGGUUAUGCCGCCUCCGCCUAUGGGUAUCUCACCGGCCGCCCUGGGUUGCUCCUCACUGUCUCGGGCCCUGGUUGUGUCCACGGCCUAGCAGGACUUUCCAACGCAGCCGCUAAUGCCUGGCCUAUGGUCUUGAUUUCCGGAUCCUCCGAUCAGAGUUUCACGGGUCGUGGCGACUUCCAGGAGCUCGAUCAAAUGGCGGCAGUAAAACCCUUCUCGAAAUUCUCAGCCAAAGCUACAGAUAUCAGUCGAAUUCCCGCCUCUGUUUUCAGCGUCAUUGAUUGGGCCGUUGCUGGCAGGCCCGGUGGGACUUAUUUGGACCUCCCGACCGAUGUUCUUCACCAAACAGUUUCGGAAUCUGAGGCCGACAGAUUAAUUAUCCAAGCUGAGAACGAAAGAAACAAAGAACUGAUUGAAAAGCCAAGAAUUAAUUAUUCAGAAAUCCAAACGGCAGUUGAGUUGUUAAGGAAAGCUCAGAGGCCUUUAAUUGUGUUUGGAAAGGGGGCGGCUUUUGCUAAAGCUGAAAAUGCAUUGAGGAAACUGGUGGAGACAACUGGAAUUCCAUUUUUGCCUACUCCUAUGGGAAAGGGGUUACUGUCCGACACGCACGAGCUAGCAGCCACAGCUGCCAGGUCACUAGCUAUCGGAAAAUGUGAUGUGGCAUUGGUGGUUGGUGCUCGGCUUAACUGGUUGUUGCAUUUUGGGGAGCCGCCCAAGUGGUCAAAGGAUGUGAAGUUCAUACUCAUUGAAGUAUGUAAAGAAGAAAUUGAGUUGAGAAAGCCAUCUUUGGGGAUAGUGGGGGAUGCAAAAGAUGUAGUGGAGAAGUUACAUCAGGAGAUUAAGGAUGAUCCUUUUUGUUUGGGGAAGACUCACCCUUGGAUUGAGGCGAUAACGAAUAAAGUAAAGGAGAAUGUGGCAAAAAUGGAGGUGCAGCUUGCAAAGGAGGUAGUGCCCUUCAAUUUUCUGACGCCAAUGAAGAUUAUUAGGGAUGCCAUUUUAGAGAUGGGCAGUCCUGCUCCCAUAUUAGUUUCUGAAGGAGCUAACACGAUGGAUGUUGGCCGCUCUGUACUAGUUCAGACGGAGCCCAGGACUAGGUUGGACGCUGGGACUUGGGGGACAAUGGGAGUUGGUCUUGGAUAUUGCAUUGCUGCGGCAGUGGCAUCACCUGAUCGGCUAGUUGUGGCUGUUGAAGGUGACUCGGGAUUUGGGUUCAGUGCGAUGGAAGUCGAGACGUUGGUUCGAUAUCAGUUGCCUGUGGUGGUUAUAGUCUUCAACAAUGGUGGAGUUUAUGGAGGUGACCGGAGGAACUCCGAUGAAAUAACCGGUCCUUACAAGGAUGACCCGGCGCCUACUUCUUUUGUCCCUGGUGCAGCAUAUCAUGUUCUUGUUGAAGCUUUUGGAGGAAAGGGUUAUCUUGCUGGGACUCCAGCUGAACUGAAAUCAGCACUUGCCGAAUCUUUUUCAGCACGGAAACCUACUGUCAUAAAUGUUACAAUCGAUCCAUAUGCGGGUGCAGAAAGUGGAAGAAUGCAGCACAAAAACUGA